GGGCAAAUAUUUUUUUUAACAAACGGGCAAAUGUUUAUUUUUUUUUGGGCUUUUUCUAACUGACGGGCGAUUUUUGAAUCUUUCCUUUUUUAAACAAACGGGCAAUCCUUGCCUCCUAGCUUAAAUCUAAAAUCUGGUUUAUGUCCAGCACAGCACGUGUCUUCAACAAUGGCAAUGAAUCUUUUUGCUUCCAACAAAUUCAACUGUUUUUGUAACCAGGGAAAUGGCAAAUCACAAAACACCAAUACAAUUCUGCCCUUGAAAAUCACUGGAAACUCUGUACUGUGUAAUGGAGUGAAAAAGCUUGUUGCGCCUCUGCGUAGUAGAAGAAUUGAGGUUCAUGCGUUGUACGAGGAAAGGGAUUUUAAUCAGAGAACAAGUUUAAACACAGAGGGAGAGAAGCCAUAUAGGAUACUUCGAGGUGGCAGGAAAUUUUAUUUGGACGAGCUUGACAUUUUGACAGUGUUGGAUCCUCGCCAAAAUCUUGUUCCUCUGGAUAAAAAUUACAAUCCCGCCGUAUAUCUAUGGAAGAAAUUUGGGGACAUUCCAGAGGAGCGAAGGCAUCAAUUACUUUACUUGUUACGCUCGAAAGAUGUAACAAGACUUUGGGAUAUAGCUGGAAUGCGUUACAACGAUGUGAGUGGAAUUACAAAGGAUGCUUCUGCUAUGUUAUUUUCCAUGGAAAACAAGCCUCUUUUGCCUGAAUAUUGGAGUGGUAGAAUAAAUGGAGUGCCCUGGCAAAUUAGUUGGAUGAGAAGGUUUAGAAAGCAGGCACUUUUUCUUGGCAAGGAAGGUUCAAUCUAUGGGCGAGUUAUUCCAGCUGGAUCCCUUUUGCAAAUGAUUGCAAACUACUUAAGUCCAUUGUACUUCAUUGUCAGAAAUGUUUGUGAAGUCAUGGCUACUGAGGAACGUUGUGAUUUGGCCUUUGAGUUUGGGGAUGGGCAAUUACAGCUUCUUGAUCUCCCUGCAAACUUUCCAAAGCCAGCUAAGAACCUACGGCCUUUUAAUGAUGAACUUGUAGUUUACAUACGCUCUGCUGGACCAAGUGUUCUGGUGGGUCAAGUAUGGCAAGAAGGCAGAAAACUAGAGCAGGUACCUCAAAAAUUUUUAGGGGAGCUUAUACUCAUCAAAGAUUAUGUCAAAGAAGUAAAUUCUGCAGCGAGCACAGCCGCAUGAUACCCAAGGGAGAUCUAUCUUCUUUGUACAUAUAGCGGAAGAUUAGCCUAGAAUGGUAUAUAUUUCACCUUAGAUAUUGUAUGAAACAGGGAUUUUCUUUGAAGAUACAGGAACUUUGGCUUCAUAAAUUUAUUCUGAUAGGAGCUCGUGGCAUUCAUGAAGUAACUUUUGUCAAUUUUGGAUUAUUACAUAUCCAAUUAUAUAACCAUGAAUUCAUAUUGUUCAAUGCUGACUGUACAUAAUGGCAAAGAUAUAAAAUACAGGCUUGUGCAGGAAGUACCAUGUUUUCAUAACAUUCAUUUCUGUCAUUCUAAUGGGUCUCGUGCAACUAUCACCCAUUUCAAAAAUGUUUUUCAAAGAAAUGUAACAUUUUUGUCAAAUUAGCCAUAAAAAUAUUAGUUGUACUUAAAAAUGGAUAUAUAGCGCUCUUGCUUUUGUA